AUGAGUCCUCCACUGCUGAAGCUUGGUGCUGUGCUGAGUACCAUGGCUAUGAUCUCAAACUGGAUGUCCCAAACUCUCCCAUCCUUGGUAGGACUGAACACCACGAGGCUGUCGACGCCAGAUACCUUACCUGGAGGUUUCCUUAAGAGAUCUAUUGAUGUUCUUCCUGAAAAUCCCAAAGAAGGGUGGCAGGUGUACAGCUCAGCCCAGGAUCCUGAUGGGCGAUGCAUUUGCACAGUGGUUGCUCCGGAGCAAAACCUGUGUUCCCGGGAUGCCAAAAGCAGGCAACUUCGUCAACUACUGGAAAAGGUUCAGAACAUGUCUCAGUCUAUUGAAGUAUUAAACUUGAGAACUCAGAGAGAUUUCCAAUAUGUUUUAAAAAUGGAAACUCAGAUGAAAGGGCUGAAGGCCAAGUUUCGGCAGAUUGAAGAUGAUCGGAAGACUCUAAUGACCAAGCAUUUUCAAGAGUUGAAAGAGAAGAUGGACGAGCUCCUACCCUUGAUCCCAGUGCUGGAGCAAUACAAAACAGAUGCCAAGUUAAUCACCCAAUUCAAAGAGGAAAUCCGGAAUCUGUCUGCUGUUCUCACUGGGAUUCAGGAGGAAAUCGGUGCCUAUGACUAUGAGGAACUACAUCAAAGGGUGCUUAGCUUGGAAACUAGACUUCGUGACUGCAUGAAAAAGCUAACAUGUGGCAAACUGAUGAAAAUCACAGGCCCAAUUACAGUCAAGACAUCUGGAACCCGAUUUGGCGCUUGGAUGACAGAUCCUUUAGCAUCUGAAAAAAAUAACAGAGUCUGGUACAUGGACAGUUAUACUAACAAUAAAAUUGUCCGUGAGUACAAAUCAAUUGCAGACUUUGUCAGUGGGGCUGAAUCAAGGACAUACAAUCUCCCUUUCAAGUGGGCAGGAACUAAUCAUGUUGUCUACAAUGGCUCACUCUAUUUUAAUAAGUAUCAGAGUAAUAUCAUCAUCAAAUACAGCUUUGAUAUGGGGAGAGUGCUUGCCCAACGAAGCCUGGAGUAUGCUGGUUUUCACAACGUUUACCCCUACACGUGGGGUGGAUUCUCUGACAUCGACCUAAUGGCUGAUGAAAUCGGGCUGUGGGCUGUGUAUGCAACUAACCAGAAUGCAGGCAAUAUUGUCAUCAGCCAGCUUAACCAAGAUACCUUGGAGGUGAUGAAGAGCUGGAGCACGGGCUACCCCAAGAGAAGUGCAGGAGAAUCUUUCAUGAUCUGUGGGACACUGUAUGUCACCAACUCCCACUUAACUGGAGCCAAGGUGUAUUAUUCCUAUUCCACAAAAACCUCCACAUAUGAAUACACAGACAUUCCCUUCCAUAACCAAUACUUUCAUAUAUCCAUGCUUGACUACAAUGCAAGAGAUAGAGCUCUUUAUGCCUGGAACAAUGGCCACCAGGUCCUGUUCAAUGUCACCCUUUUCCACAUCAUUAAGACUGAGGAUGACACCUAG